AGUAAGUAACACAAUCUUAUACGUUUUGCUAUUUAAUAAAAAACAAACUGUUUUAUGUUUUACAAGAUUUGUGAGUUUUCAUUUGAUUUGACUUACAGCUAGAGUAUUAUCUUGGAGUCAUACACAAGCAGCUACAACAGAAUGUUGAUCGGUUCUGCCAGGAGCCAUUUUCAUUGAUAAUGGAGAAAUCCUCUAUUCCUCAUCCUGCUGCAGGAAAUGGUGUUUUUCUGAGGGGUAGUGCUGUUCCUGGCAGUUUUAUAGGAUUCCAUCCUGGAUUAGUGUACUUAGCAAAAGAUGUUCGAAAAAUGCUCAACUAUCCCAAUAUCAGUAAAGACAACUGUUACUUAAUGUCACGCUAUGACAGCUGCAUACUUGAUGCCAAGGAUUUUAAUACUGAUAUUCAGUUGCCAUGUGGAAAGAGACUAAAUAAUCCCUUUGCAUGUGGACAUAUGAUCAACCAUCCUCCACCAGGUAGUGAACCAAAUGUCAUGGCCUUUAACUAUGACAUUAGGAAAACUUUUCCAUCUGAGUUGGUAUAUCUUGUCCCCAACAGAUACUACCGUGAGCCUGGGAUCCUUUUCAAAACAGCAACAGUAAUGAGAACCAUCAUUUUUGUGGCCACAAGACACUUAAAUAAUGAAGAGCUCUUUGUCAAUUAUCGCUUGAACCCCUCCUCCAAGCUACCAGAUUGGUAUACUCCUGUCAACUUGAUAGAAGAUAAGCGUCGCUGGAAUGCAGAUUAACUAAGGAUUUAGAAACCUUAAAUAAACUCAAGUGCAUUUGCA